GUGCAGCAGCUGGCGCGUGAGACGCUUGUUCUGCUGCUUGAGUUCAACCCGGACAUGAGCACACUGUUGGACUGGGUCGUCGACCGUUGCUAUACGCGCCCUAGCCAAGUCAGCGACUGCUGCUUCCACGCCAUCGCCACCGUCUUCAGCGCCAAGGAGUACCCGUGCGACCACUACACGGCUGUCAUCAACGUCACACUGCUGAUGACGGGCUGCCCGCGCGCCGAGAUCCACCAGACCGCGCUGCAGCUGCUCCAGCUGCUCGACAAGCGCUUCUUUGGUCGCGACGGCCGCCACCUGGCCGCUGAGAACGAGACAGAUGCGGAGAAGCAACGCCGCGAACAAGGCACCUUGGACGCCCAGUUGGCGGCCACGUACUCGCGCUCGCAGAUGUUCCUCUCCAGACAGCUGGCGCAGCUGCACCCGGAGCUCACCAUGCCAAUGUUCUCAGGUGAGUUCAUACAGCUGAACAUGUCCAUGUUCUCAGGAGGCUGCAUGGAGUAG